AAUGUUUGUGUUUCAAACCGUAAAAGCCAACUGAUUCACCUGGCAAUGGUGGGUCAGGCUCGAGGGAUGUGACUGCAGUCUGGCUCGGGAGGUGUAGGGAAGGAUGGAAGAGAAACAGAGCGAGAGAAAGAGAGAGAGAGAGAGACGCUGGCACUGUUUGAAGAUCAGACUGUUUCAUUCUUCACCGACUCUCAGCGCACGAACCCUUCCAGCAACACAGCCCUGUCUUUCUACUGAAGCAUUCCUAAAGUUUCCUUCUGAAUGGCGGACUCUCCCCUCAAUAACUCCUGGCCUUCCUUCCCCAAGUUUUGGACGAAACGUUGGUCAUUCAAACGAGAUUGUAAGCCAUGUCCUCGCGGGUUUUCCCAAGUGCCGGAGAUGCCGAGCCCCACCCAGUGCGGGAAUCCUGAAACCCGUUCGCACUCCCUGAGCGGGGUGGAGGAGAUGUACUUCAGUCACAUGGCGGAGGGCAAGGACGACACUUUUCUUGACGGUGACGACUCGGCGACAGACGUGAGCAGCAGUGUGGAGGACAUCCCCUUCUUAGACUCAUCCAUCCAGGGCUUGUCUGGCUUCUCCCUGGACCCCCAGAGCCAGGGAGCCAGCAGUUCGGAAGACAUCACCGCUUCCAGGCCACCAGAUCGAGCUGGUACACAUACACACACAUACCCCGGUGCUUUGCCAGUCACCAUGGAAGCAGAUGACUCUUGGCCACAACGAGAUGCCGACGGGUGUAAUGACACUGACCCCCCUGCCGACGAGCGCCCCGGAAGCUCAUGGGAUACGGACAACGAGUUGGAUGCCGAGAGCCAGGACAUUGUGCCUCUCCUCAUCCGCUCCAUGUCCACCUCCAGACGCUACAGCUGGGAGGGGCCCUUAUCUCCCUCGGCCAUGGGGGGCAUGAGACGACGGUUAAGCCUGGAUGUACUGGGUAUAGACAGCGAUGGUGAGGGGGACCAGGAGGACGAGGAACAGGAUAACCUAUCUCAAGACCAGGGGUCUUUUUCCUUCCCCGAGUUCAGGCCAGUGACGGAGGGAGAGGCUGACGGAGAUGGGACGACGACACCUCCAGAGUCGAUGGAAGAUGAGCAGGAUCAGGAACACGGCGCGAUGCACCUGCGGACUGAGACGGUCUUUACGAACGGGUCAAAGACAGCCCAGGGACGCUUCCCCCGGAAGGUGGCCUGUGUGCAGGUUGGGGCCACAGAUUCUGGAAUCGACAAGGAUCCCCGGGCUGAGAAGGAAAACCUGGAGCCCAACCAUUUGUUGGUGCAGCAGGUGCUGCAGGAAUUGAAAGCCUUUCAUGGCCAGCCCUGCCCAGCACCUUGCCCAGUGAAGAGCAGUGCGAGAGCGGCGGCAGCUUGCUUGCCAGAAGGGAGCCCGAGCCCCACCUCCGCCCACAACCUGACCUGGAUGGAGUUCUUGGCAGAAAAGGAGGAGGGCAACAAGAGUGAGCGGCCUGAGCGUGGGACAAAAGUGAAGAGGACCUUGAGUUCCCUCAAGAACAGGAUGACGGGCUCCUUCAAAGAUAAGGGUAAGAGCAAAGACAGAGAAAGGGAGAAAGAGAGUCCAAAAGAGAAGAGGAAAUCUAACAGUGGUCACGAAUUGAUGCCAGGCACUUUCUCCAGCUUAACCAAUUGCACCGUGUGCUCAAAGCCCCUGACCAGCAGAAACGGUUAUCAGUGUGUGAAUUGUGCAGUCAAUGUGCAUAAAAAUUGCAGGACUCUGCUCACUGAAUGCCCUGGCAGGAACAAGAAGCACCCAGUGACUUCCCCGAGCUCUCAGCGGCCCCCCAGCGCCUUUCUGAGGGAGUCACAGAGGAGUGCCCACCCGUCCUCGGACGGCAACACAGGAGCCGUACGGAGCCUCGGAAUGACAAUCCUGCCCGGAGGAGCUUCCCAACCAGCCCUGAGCAGCACUAGCAGCGUCUCCGGACUGACACUGGCCGAGAUGGAGCAGGAGGUGGAGAAUGGGGUCCCGAGGAGCAAACCCUGGCCCGAGGACUCAUUGGGAGCCCGGGAACCAUCUGUGGAGUCUCUCGUCGUGGAAGACAUGGUGUUUGCCCCUUUGAAGAGGGAGCUGGAGGCAGACGGGCAGGACAUGGAGGCAGAGUCCUGGAGCUUAGCUGUGGAGUCGGCCUACGCCAAGACCCAGAGCAAAGAAACCACCAAACGGCAGGACGUUAUUUACGAACUGAUGCAGACGGAGAUGCACCACAUCAGGACACUGAAGAUCAUGGUGGGGGUGUACAGCCGUGGGCUGCGGGAGGAGCUGCAGGUGGACGUGGACAGGAUCUUCCCGUGUCUGGACGACCUCCUGAAAAUCCACAGUGAGUUCUUCUCCCAGCUCAGGGAGCGCCGCAGGGAUUCCUUGGAAGACGGGAGCGACCGGAAUUACCUGAUCCACAGGAUUGGUGACCUUCUGGUGCAGCAGUUUUCAGGGGAGCGCGGCGAGAGAAUGAGGGACAAGUAUGGAACCUUCUGCAGCCGCCACAACGAGGCCACCAACUACUACAAAGAGCAGUUCCAGAGCAACAAAAANUUCCAGUCCCUCAUAAAGAAGCUGAGUAACUGCCCGGUGGUGCGGAGGCUGGGGGUACAGGAAUGUGUGCUGCUGGUCACCCAGCGCAUCACCAAAUACCCCGUCCUGGUGGAGCGUAUCAUCCUGAACACGACAGCUGGCUCGGAGGAGCACACGGAGCUGACGCUGGCGCUAUGCAGGAUAAAGGAGACUCUGGCCUGCGUGGACACGAUGGUGAACGAGUACGAGAAGAGCCAGCGGCUGAAGGAGAUCGUGAGGAGGAUGGAGAUCAAGUCCGUCACCAAACUGAAGAACGGCACCAUAUUCCGGCGUCACGACAUGUUGCGAGGCAAACUCCGCCUCCUGCACGAGGGCGUCGUGUGCUGGAAAGCAGCCUCCGGGCGCCUCAAAGAUAUCCUGGCUCUCGUUCUAUCAGAUGUCAUUGUCUUACUUCAAGAAAAGGACCAGAAAUACUCCUUCGCUACAGUGGACCAGAAGCCGGCGGGAAUCUCGCUGUACAAGUUGAUCGUCCGGAAAGUAGCCAACGAGGAGAAGGGAAUGUUUCUGAUCAGCGCUUCCGACGAGGGGCCUGAGAUGUACGAAAUCCACACAAACUCCAAGGAGGAGCGGAAUACCUGGAUGGCCAUUAUCCGGGAAGCAGUAGACAGAUACCCCUUAGAGGAGGUGGCCGCUCUCAGUGAGCCGGAGGAGGAGAGACGGCAGACUGAGUUUCGAGCAGCCAAAUCAAAAGAGUUUCAAGAGCGCCUGAAUGCAAAGGAUGAGCAGAUCAAGACCAGCCUGAACGAGAAGCUGGAGAUUUACAGUGAAAUGGCCGAGCUGAACGGGUACCAGGAUCUGGGACGGUCUCGGUUGCUGCUCCGGGCGGACGCUUUGGAAUGUCAGCAGGGAGAACCCAUCCUGAGCGCCGCUGUCAAAGAGAUUGAAACCUUGCAGACUCUGGUGGCAUCUCUGCCGGAGGGGGUGAGCUGGAGAGCGGAGGACAGCGGGUGCUCCACGGGGCUCCCUCGCCGGGCUGAGACCUUCGGGGGCUACGACAGCAGCUCAGCGAACCCCAAGAAAAAUGGCUCCAUAAAGAAGAAGACAAACAUUCCACUGUCAGGCGGGGAGCUGAAGCUGAGAGAGAAGCCUGGUUCCCGGGCCAGCUCCGAGCCACAGCUAAAGGAGGCCUGGAGCGAGAGCGAGACGGGGCGUACGGGGGAGCUGAGCUGGGGUUACAGCAGCAGUUUACUGCCAGACACCGAGCUGGUACAGAGUGUUCAGACCCUGACCCACCUACUGUACAGCCUCUGGACGCUGGUCGCCCAGCAGGACAGCUACAUUGAGGUGCAGCGGAGCGCUCACACGGAGCGGGAGAAGCAGUACCGCCUACAGAGCUCCCGCGGGAACCUGCUGCUGGAGCAGGAGAAGCAGAGGAGCUUCGAGAAGCAGCGGGAGGAGCUGGCCGGCAUCCACAAGCUCCAGAGCCAGGUGCGGCAAGAGCAGGCCAGGUGGGAGCGGGAUCGCGAGAGGCAGCUCCGAGACUUCUCCGCGCAGGAAGCCCGACUGCAGGAACGCGAGGAGAGCAUCCAGCAGCAGAAGGAGCGGCUGGGGCAGGACAGGCAGGAGCUGGAUAGGCAGCGGAUGGAUUACCAGCAGGACCUGGAGAGGCUGCUGGAAUCGCAGCGCGCCGUGGACAGGGAGCGGGAGAGGCUGGACCAGCUGCAGCGUAAACUUCUGAAGCAGAGCUCCCUGGGGUCGACCUCCGACCCUGGCCAGCUACCGGGCCUCACUCACUCCCAGAGUCUGGACAGUGACCGGAUGGAGGCAUCGAUGCCAGUGGUCAGUGAGCCCCCGGCCCAGCCCGGCCUGAAAUACCAGGGUCUGCCCGGCGCUGGGUUCGAGACCCCCGAAUACCCCCCCGACUCCCAGCUGCGGCGGGAGAACAGCACGUGCUCCCAGUUUGUGCGCACCGGAGAGGGCCGCUCCUCCCUGGCCCUGAAGACAGAGGUUCCCAUCCACCUGAUCAGCACCACAAACCAGAUCCUCAAGCAGAGCGGCGUCCAGCAACAGAUCCCCACCAAGCUGGCCACCAUGAAGAGCGGCAAGGACAAGAGCGGCCGGGGCAAGGAGCGGCCGACCUCCACGCUGCCCACCGUCUCCAUCAUGCCCGCCUCAGAGAGUUUCCGAAUGAAAGAAACGGGUGUGUACCGGGCAGGCUCGGGUGAGGCGAGGACCAGCCACUCCUCCAAACUGUUCACUAAGGACGAGGGAGGUCUGAGAGCCAGGAGGUCAUCCAGCCCGCUCAUCCCCAGCAGCCAAAGCCUCCCCGUCCAUCAAGAAUCCCCUCUCCCUUCGGACAGCCUGCAGGAGCCUCAGCAGCCAGGACCAACCAUGCUGCCUCAGGGCACGGGCUCCACACAGACACAGCCUCCGACUAGCGCACAUGACGACCCCAACUCCGAGGUCAUAUUCUUCUGAGCAGUGCGACCAUCAAGAGCCGAUCUCUCUGUUUCUCUUUCUCUCUCUCUGACUCGCGUACACACACACAUACUC